ACCAGUGAAAAAAUAAAUGAAUCAGCCGAUCGCCUAGGGGUGCAAACGAAAGCACAACUGUAUACCGGCCUGAGCCACAUAAAGAAACACUUUCAAAACAAGAAAAUGUUGAACGCGUACACAGAAGCUCUGAUGGCCGUCUCUUCACACGUGACUGCUUCAUUACUCCUUGAAAAGCUAGAUCGCAUUAGCAGUCAAUACCGGACGACUAACAAAGCCAUCGUGAGAUGGACCACGGUGGAAAUGUCAGGAUGUGGGAACGUCGCUGACGCGGACAUUUUCCUGUCCCUCAAAUACCUGGUAACGCCCGAGACGCUCGAACUGUUCAAUUACAAGCGCAAUGGCUCACUCGGAUCCUUUUCGUUGGACAACCUUUUGACUGCCAAUCGAUUGAAGCGGCUGCAGACAAAAUUGAGCGUGAUUUUUAGCUGCCAGAGCAUUCAGAUACGCGUGAUUGAGGGCAUACCCGAGCACACUCUGAAUGCUGUAAUUACUUCAGAAUUCGAGGCGGCUGCCAAAGAUGCUUUGCAUUCCUCCUACGACGACGCCACUCGCACUCUCAACCUCUCGCGUUUUCACGCCAAGCCGGAACUGACCCCUUACUUUUGCCCCUUGUACGUGGACAAGUUUUUGGAGGGCGUUCUGCGCUUAAUAUCCAAAGAAACGCCCCAGGUGUCUAAGAUCGUUCUCAGAGACAACUACUUGUGCUCGCUGAAGGCAUUUAGUGUGAUUCCUAAUGGAUUGUUAGCCGGCUUGGAUUGCCUGGAUAUAAGCUCGAACAACAUUGGCGAUCUACGCGAACUACAGUAUCUGACCAAUCUGAAUUUGAAGAAUCUAAUCCUACAGGGCAAUGGGGUGGCUAAUCUAAAAAAUGACAUUCUAGCCAUUCUUCCCCAACUCCAGAACGUGCAGAGAUGUCGCCAAUCGCAGAACAAGGAGAACGUUUCUAUGGGUCGGCCAAAAUUGAAGCUGUUCGGGAGUGCAGUACCCGAAAACUUUGUCAAGACCUUUAUCAAGGAUUUCUACCAGUUCUUCGAUCAUCCCGACCAACGCUCCCAGCUGGAGCAAUGCUACCACGAGUUGGCCACGUUCUCCUUGAGUGUGACGGAGGCGAUGAAGCAGGUCUCUGCCUACAGGCUCUACAAUCGCAAUUACACGAGCCCACAAUCUGCUUUUGCCCGCUCGGCAAAGCUGCAGGUUGGUCGUAAGGCUGUGGUCCAUGCUCUGGGUCGCUUGCCCAAGAUGGAAACCUAUCUCCCAGGACUCAACGUAGAUAUACAGAUGUCCACUUCUCACGUGCGCAUUUUAACCAUUACUGGCCGCUUUACGGAAUACAGCUCCACUGGCCAAAAUCUGCGUAAUUUCCAGCGCAACUUUGUAUUGGAGCGGCAAGAAUCACCAACCAUCUGGUUGAUAAAAAACGAUGUGCUCUGCAUAAUUCCAGCCAUUGAGAAUAAGUGUAUUAAUCGGUACAAGGCUUUGAACGAGUCCCAUGGGCACUCUGGGCUGGAGAAAAUUAACAUAAAUAUCGCAACGCCACCCCGAAUAUCAAUAAGUUGCAAAAGCUUGGGCGGAAAUACACUACUCAAGGAAAUAAAUGCAGUGUCUCCAAUCAUUCGGAGCACGAAUCCAGAACUAAAGGAUAUGCAUCGUUUAAAUGGGCCUGGUGCAAGUUUAUAUUCAAAUGGUCAGGACUUCAUAUCCGAGCACCUACAACAAGAUGUCCUGAUACCAGAUAAAAAUGCUCUAUUUGACUGGGAAAAAGAGAUCGAUGAUAACUUGACCGAUGAUUCCGAUGAUUCCGAUAAGCUCGUCAUCAAAAUAGAAAAAGAGUUUGAUCUAUAACAUAGUUCAGAAUCCUAAUUAAUUACUUAAACACUUUUCAAAUACACUGACACACACAACCACAUAAUUAUAGAAAAGAAGAAAAGGAGUCCGGAGUCCUUAUAUUACUUCCCUAAAAAACCUACAAACACAACUCGAAGAACUUCACCCGCAUCAAGCGACGGAAUCUGCAGUUCACCCAACAUUCAUCUUCAAUCAACGAGAGUGGCACACCGACGAUGCUGCUACUGGAUAUUCGAGGUCUAGUCACUUCCUGCAGGACACAUCGCCGCCGUCUUCCAUCGUGAUCACCUCGGCGGACUUUAGCAAUCUCAACUUUCUUCAAUCCACAAUCAGCCAAUCCAAUCAGAAGCUGAGCCUCACUACCACUCCGAUCAACCAGACGGACAACGGCAUAAACGAGGGGCGCAAGGUCCUGGAAUCACUGACAUUGCGUGAGGUGGAUGGCACUCUGAUGAACAGCACGGAGAGCAUACCCAAAUCCCCUGGCCGCAGAUCGCACCAUCCUGAUGUCUAUGCGCCCACCCUGUCCAUGUUCAUCCAGUGGUCUUUUCACCUGCACGCUCAUGCUGUAAUCCGGGUCUGAGUCCCUGCCGGGAGAUAACUUUUGCACUGCUUUCACCUAGAUGCCAUCAAAGCAAACCAUUUAA